GCAGCAGCAGACUGGGAUUGUGCAGCGUGCAUGGAUAGUUGACAUCUCUAACCGGAUCGCAUGUGGUCUUAUAUUUUUACCUGCAGCUCCACUUUAUAACGGUUUGACCAGCAUGGACCAGCCUUAAUGUCAUAAUAACAACAAUAAUAAUAAUAAUAAUAAUAAUGAUAAUGGCCUGUAACCUUUUCUCUCGCUGCUGGGAUCAACCUGUUGCAAGUUCGUACUAAAGCUAUAUCUCUUCGCCGCGCGCCAGCUCGCUUUUACGCACGAAGAUGGGCUCGGAGAAGCCAAACUUCCUGUCGCAGCCGGUGGUGAAGAACGUUUUCAUGUACCGCAAUGGCGACCCUUACUACGACGCUCGUCGCAUCGUGAUAAACCAAAAGAGAGUGUCCAACUUUGAGACUCUGCUGAGAGAGGUGACCGGCGGGAUACAAGCGCCGUUUGGAGCGGUGAGGAACAUUUACACACCGAGAGGCGGACACAAGGUGGACUGUUUGGAGAGCCUGCAGAGCGGGGAGCAGUAUGUCGCUGCCGGGAGAGAGAGGUUCAAAAAGCUGGAUUACCUACACAUUGGCUCCAGAAAGAGACGGUUGCUGCAGACUCUUCCAAUGCAGGCCAAGCCUCUGCCACAGAAUAGAGUCAUCGCGUCGGCUCGAUUCCUAAAACCCAUCAAGGAGCCGUGUACAAUAUUCGUGGUCGCAAAUGGCGACGUGUUGAACCCAGCAGUGAGGCAGUUGAUUCACCAGAGGAUGCUGGGCCAGUUUGACAAAAUAUUGGAGAUGAUCACAGAGAGGAUGGGUCUCAAAGUACUGGGGGGUGUUCGAAGUCUGUACACCUACGAAGGCCAGCAGGUGACUGACGGGCAUCAGCUGGAGAGUGGUCAGCUUUACGUGGCUGUGGGCAGAGAAAAGUUUAAGAAACUGCCCUACAGCGAUCUCCUCUUCCCCAAACCAAGAGGCACACGGAGGGUCAAUGGAAUGAAAGCAAACUCUCUUCCACCAAUCUACAGAUUCUCCAAGCAAAAUGGAAAUGGUAAGUCCACAGUGCCAUCCAGUGAUAGUGGAGGUGGAGACUCUAAGGCCUCGCUUCAAGGUCACAACAGGAACAACAAGGAACACUUGUCCUCCAUCGUCAGAGAAAUCUCUCAGGCCAGGCUGAUCUCUCUCAGGAAGAAGAGGAGCGGACAAAGCAUGACGCUCACCAUCUCGGACAAUGACGACCAGGAUUUAAAGGGCGAUGACGGAAACACGGAUGACAAAACCCCUCAAGACCAGUCAGCUGAACCUGCAGAGGAAGGCGUAAAAACUGAAGACGAGAAAGACGAGCAAGCAGGGGAGCAGGAGGAAACUGCUGCAGAAAACACCAACGGAGACGAAGAGGAGGAAAACCAGGAGACAAACGGUGACAAAGAGGAUGGGGAAGAGAAAAAGGAAAGUGAAUCAGCAAAUGAGGAAAAAGAGAGUGAAGUCACAGAGAAUAAGGAAAAUAAAGAGCAAAGCAAUGAGAAAGAGGAAGAAGUAAUGGAGAAGAUGGAAGAGGCAAAUAAAGAUAAAGAGGGUGAAGGAACGGCAGGACCAGAGGAGAAAGAUGAGGAGAUAAAAGAAGUAAAGGAGGUCACGGAUGAGAAUAAGGAAGGGGUUAAGAGUGAGGAGCAAGGGUCCAGCAGUAGCACCAAUGAUAAGAGCCAGGACAGUAUAGAGAAAGAGGAUGGAAGCCAUACAUCUUCUGAGGGUGAAAAGGACGAGCAGCUGACAAACUCAGACGGAGAGAAGCGAGAUAAAGACGGUGAAAAGGGGGAGAAAAGUCGUAAGGACCAAAAUAAUGAUGUAGACACAGGGGAGGAACAGACCAAGAGAGAAAACGGCAAUGACCCAGGCAAGACUCAGCCAGAUAACGAGACAAAAGACAACGAUAAUGACAGAAGUAACAGUAGCAACAGUAACCAGGAGAAAGACGGCAGGAACACAAAGGAGGGAGCGACCAAAGAGUCAGGGGAAGGGGAGCGGAAGGAGAAUGGAGAGGUUGGUGGAGAAGAUGAUGAGGAGGAAAGUGAAGCAGAGCCUGACAUGGAGGGGAAAAAAUCAACAGAACUCAAAGAUACAGCAACAAAUGGAGAAAAAGGUGGUGAAGGGAAUGGAGAUGGCAGGAAAAGGAAAGAUUAGAUAGGGGGGGGGAUGUGAUUGGAUGAGCAGCAUUUUUAGAAAGUUUUACAUUAUGAUUUGAAAUGAAAGCAGGUAGUCAGAGAUAUUCACUAUAUGGCCUUUGGAAGUUUGUCCUGAUAAGAAAACAAAUGAUAUACAAAUAAAACUAUAAGAACUUUA